AAUAUCAUAUAUACUCUUCAAAAUAAUAAUCGAAGGUAAGAGUGACAGACUUAUAAGGGAUAAAAGGGUGUCUUUCGUCCUUCAACUGUCUCAAAACACUUAAAAUGCAUAAAAAUCAUAGAGAUAACCCAUAAGAAACAAGAAUUAAACCAAUUUCCUAAGAUUUCGGCAACAAAAUGAGGCAAAUGCCUUGUAUUGAAAUAUCCUGCAAAAUCACCUAAACUUCAGUGACUGCCCGGAGAAAGAUGUCAAAACUUGUACAAACUGACGAAAUACGAAUGUUACGGGGCCGGCUAGCUGACGGAGUACUCUCCGAGCCAUAGAAGCACGUCCUGGGGGCUUCCGCCCUUCCGCGAUGAAGUUCGGCAAGACCUUCGAGUCCCAUUUGACGGUCGAGUGGCGCGAGCAGUACAUGCGAUAUGGGGAUCUCAAGCAUAUGAUUAGGCGUGGCCUGGAGGACGCACCCUCGACCAUCCUGGCUGAGGAGUAUGCAAUCCAGAGCUACUACCGUGCCUUCGAGGAGCGCUUCCUCAUGGAGUGCCAGCUGGAGCUGACCCGAGUGGACAACUUCUUUCUGGAGAAGCUCAUGGAGGCGAAGCGAAAGCAUGGCCACCUUAAGCUCCAGCUGCUGGCCUUCUCCCGGGCACCCGGCUACACCGGAAGUGAGGUCUCCAUGCUUUCGCAACAGGGCAGCAAUCCAAGCCAAGGAUCAAAGUAUCAGGCCCGGAAUCUAACAGCGCCCAAGAAGACCAUGACCCAUGGCCAGCUGAGCACGGCCUACUGUGAGUUCUACCUGAGUCUGGUUCUCAUCCAGAACUACCAGACGCUGAACGAGACUGGCUUCCGGAAGAUUUGCAAGAAAUUUGACAAGAAUUUACGCACCACAUCCGCCGGCAGUUGGUUCGAGAAUAAUGUGGAGGAUGCUGUCUUCACGGACAGUCGCUUUCUGCAGCGCAUGAUCCGUGAGGUUGAGGAUCUGUACACCACCCAUCUGGCCGGAGGGAAUCGACAAUUGGCCAUGGCUAAGCUACGAGUGCCGCCAUUGGGUAAACCCUCGUCACCAACUAUGGUUUUUCAGGCGGGCUUUGCCCUGGGCAUGCUCCUGAUGCUCUUCCUGGGCACAGCAAUCAGUUACUGGAAGCGACCUCCCUCUGCGGUUAACACGGCCACCUUUAUGAGUCUGUAUAGAGGUCCGCUCACCUGGGUGAUUUUCAAUCUCUACAUGGCGGCCAAUGUGGCUGGCUGGCAGCGGGCGGGCGUCAAUCACAUCCUCAUCUUUGAGAUAGACCCAAGAAAUCACAUGCAGCCGGCUAGGUAUCUGGAGAUUGCCAGCAUCUUUGGUAUCCUUUGGACGCUGUCCAUGCUGGGCUUUCUCCAUCACAGGGCCAUGCAUUUAAAUGAUCCCUUUGUCUUUCCUUUGGCCCUCAUCCUGAUCAUGACCGGAUUGCUGGUGAUGCCUCUGCCCAUUUUGGAUUUGAAGGCUCGCUGGUGGACCAUCAAGCUCCUAGGGCGAGUGAUCACCGCGCCCCUGCACUAUGUGGGCUUUGCGGACUUUUGGAUGGGCGACCAGCUAAACUCGCUGGUUAACUGCCUGGUGGAUCAUUACAUCAUGGUGCGCUUCUUUGUGGUUUGCUGGCUGCGUCGUGAGCAGAGCUCCCAAUGCUUCCACCUGGACGUGAUUGUAGUGCCCAUUGUGCGGUGUCUGCCCGCCUGGUUUCGGUUUGCCCAGUGCCUGCGACGGUUUCGGGACAGUGGCUCCAAGUCGGUGAGCUAUCUGUUCAAUGCGGGAAAGUACUCAAUGUCCUUUCUGGUGGUUCUCUUCGACACGCUGCGCCAGAGAUCGGAGGGUCGGCAUGGCAGUCCUUUUAGCAAUCCGUACACCUGGCUCUUCCUGGUCAGCAGCAUGGCGGCCACCAUCUAUGGUUAUCUGUGGGAUGUUCUGAGGGAUUUUGGCUUGUUUCAGAUCAUGGAUGGGCCUGGGAUCUUCCUGCGGCAGCAGCUCGUCUAUCCGCAGGCCUUCUACUACUUUGUCAUCGUGGAGAACUUCUGUCUCCGCUGGCUCUGGGCUGUGGAGUUUGGAAUUUUCUACAACAACCUGAUAGCGCCGUACAACCUACGGACGAUAACUAGCAUUGCGGAGAUCACCAGACGCUUCAUCUGGAACUAUGUGCGGCUGGAGAACGAGCAUCUGUACAAUUGCGGAAGGUUUCGGGCCACACGGGACAUCCACCUGGCGCAGCUGAAUCCUCGCCAGCAACGUAUGCUGGAGAGCAUGAUGGACGAGUCGGAUGGUGUCUCCAACAGGCGAAAGCCCGAGGCGCGCGAUCACCUGUCCAAGGAGUACUUCUAGAGGAACAGCUGGUCCAGCCAGGCUGCUCAUCCGAUCGGAUCUCUCUGGGGUCCCUCGGCGUCGUCGACGUCUUUAAUUAAUUCAUUUGUGCAAAGCGACGAAAGAGAGGACGAGGAGGAAAGGGAGCAGGGAGCACAGAGCACGCGCCAAACCGGUUGUCCAGCUGCACUGCACCCAAAAGCGGCUCCGAUCCCCCCCUCAGACAGCAGCUCCCGCUACCUUCGCCGGGUACAACAAUUGUCAUUGCUUGUGGAGAUCCUCAUUGGAGCCACCGAUCACGGAUUGCCGCCGACUCUUAAUUGACUCGCAUCGAGCUUUGAUUAGCCUCGUAAUUAGCCAGGCGGCAGGCGGUGAAUCUGAAGGAAGAGAGGGGCGAGAAGGUAGAAGCUGGAGAAGCUCCAGACAUUCUAAUCUGGCAAAGGAGAAAGAGAAAGGCAGCCCCGGGAGGCUGUUAUUCACCACCAAUACACUUCGUUGCCAUUUGUUUCGGUUGCAUAUUUUUUACAUCUUGGUAUAUAA